AUGCAAUAUGAGCCACAUGUGUGGCCGCUCUUUAUCAGACAAAGAUAGGAUCUCAAAUUUUUUCAACAAGCAGUCAAAAGCAACUGAUAAAAACUGUUGCUUGGUGAAUGGAUCCACUGCAGGAUACAAAUGUUUACACCAUCAUAGUAAGACUGAUGGGCAGCACAGAAUAAAGCGCUUGAAGAGCCGCAAGGAGAGGUGCAAGAUGAAAGGUGGUGGGAAAGAAGCCCCAAAGUCUAAGUCACAUCACCUUCACUGUCGUCUGCAAAGCAGUAGAGACAUUCCAUAUUUCCAUGACCGCUGCUGUCAUAGUAGCUGUCAUUGUUCCUCUAGACGAGAUGCAGCUUUUCCAAAUGUUGUUCCUGUUGCACAGGAGCCAAGUAUCAUCACAGACAGUCGCCUGAUAGGACAUCAUGGACUGUUCAACCAUGAGGUGAAGUCUAUCGACAUUGAACGCCUAUUAAGUAAGCAGAGGAAAAUGGAGAAAAGUGGACAGCAAGUACAUGAAAAUAAUUAUACUUCACGCCCAUCAUCAACAUCUCCCAAUCUUACUCCACUCUUCAAUAAUGAUAUGUUGGAUGCUGAGCCUGAUGAGGUUCUGACACUAGACAGGGAAGCAGAUUUAGCUAUAAAGGCACAUAAUAAUAUUCAGGAGAAAGAAAAUAAAAUGAAUCAGGGGUCAGAUUUUACACCAGGGCAGAAGACCAACCCUGUCAUGACAGAAAAGGGCAUUGAGCCACAGCUGACUCCCACUGAUUACAGAGAAAAUGUGACAAAAUUAAACAAGAAGGUGAAGGCACACAUGAUUUCUACUCUGGAGCAAACCCCGAAAGACCAGGAGUUAGUUUUCCACGGAAAACAACUCGCUGGUGCCAGCCGAAGCCUACUUAAGUUCUCCAGCUCGCACACUGUGGACAGUUUGGACUCACAACAAAGACAAUCAGAUCCCAGCGUUGUGUCUGAGUCUGUCUCUGCAGUGGCAGCAAGCUUGUGUGGCUGUGUGCAGUUCCCGCUCUUGAAAAAAAGAAACCUGGUGGCAGAGAGCAGGGAAGUGCUGCUGAAAGCUCUGCAGGAGAGGCACGGACUUCAGCUUCAGGUGAACCUCUUCAGACUUCAGCGAUGCCUCAGCUUUGGGUCUGAUCAUACCAAGGAAGUCCAGGAUCAAGAGCUGACCAUGAUAGAUGAAGAUGAGCUCCAGAAUACAGAUGCAUUCACAAUAGAGCGUCAAGCCAGUAAGCCUUUAUUCAACACCCUGAAAACCAAACCUUUCAAAGAAAAGGGAAGUACCCAUUGUAACUUGAAGUCAAGUCCACGAUUACCACAAAACCUGAAACAGACGUCUGAGUGGUUCAGAAGGCCUGAGAGGACUUCUGCCAGUCUUCUGGACGAUAUCCUCCGAUCUCCUUGCUCACCUGAGUUUAUCAUUGACUGUAAGCCCUCUGGAAUCAGAGAUCAUUUAUAUGCUCCCUCUCCUACCUCAUGUUGGGAAGAAAAACAAACAGUAUCUCCCCACUGGAGAGACAGUUUCAGCAGGCCAAAAAGCAAAGAGACUUUAAAGUUUCACUCCUUUGAAAACAGCUUUAUGAACCAAACCAGGGUUCUAGAUGGACCUGAAUACAGCGUAAGCAAUACCCCAAAAUUCUUAUCCUACCAAUCACAGCUACUCGAAAGAAAUUCAGCUGAGCCAAUUUACUUUCCUCAAGAGCAAGGCCUAUUUGAAACAAAGAGAUACUCUCUCCCCCCGUCCUUCACAUCCCAAGUACUCCAUCCUGAGCAGAGCCACAGCUUCCAGCCUUACAGCCAAUUUAGUCUACCUACAACUCACGCACCCCAUAGGUCCCACCACACUGACAUGAUUCAUUACCCCCCAUCUCACAUGCUGGAAAGAGACACGGCAACUUCCCAUUCCUCUCUCCUGAGCCCCGAGCACUGGUCAUUUCCGCCUAUGAGACUGUACUAAUGUAUGGUGAAGCUCUACAGUGACACAUGCCUGUGAACAUUUUGUUUAGAUAUCUGAAAAACAAUAUUCUCUUGAUUCACACAAUCAAGACUUUCUGUUCACAGCCAGCAUAGAUACUAAGUGUUGUGUGCC